AAGAUGACGAGGAUGCGGAAGCAGAAGACGAAGAAGAAAAGGAACGCGUCUCUCCCGCAGCCAUGUCAACGCUGGAGUGUUUUUAAUGUUGUCGCGCUACUUUUGGCCGAAUAAAUCACACGGAGUUGGGGGAAAGUACCCGAAAGUUGCGCCGAUAAAACAGAUACGAAGCUGCGUGGAAGUGUGCGUGGAUGGGAUAAGCGGAACAGCCUCGGAGCCGGCCGAAAUCACAUGUGUCCUUUAAAACACCCAUUUCCUAAGUUGUAGUUUGUUGACGGUGCACGGUGUUGUAAAUACAGUGAUUAAUUAGACUAAACGCAAGACUCACUCAGUUAAUUACCUUCCCAACGCGUUUUGUUGUGGUGAGCUUAGCGUUCAGUGUAUUUUUGACCGUCUUUAGACGUCAGCAGGGCCAGAGUUCACCAGGAGGUCGUUUGAGCGUCAAAAAGGGCAAGCUUUUGACCCUACGUAUGACGUCGCUCCCGGCUUUUAUUUGCUAAGCUACCGUUAGCACGCUAACGUAGCUAGCUAAAUGACAGACUUCGGUGAUGCCUGUAGGUGAGAGUACCUGGACAAACACCCAGGACGGAUUGGACGAGACGUUUGAUAAGCCAAAUAAGAAAAAGUCCAAGAAGAAAAACCAAGAAAGCAAAGAGAGCAUUGUGAUUCAGACUCUUAAGACCCUCCGUCUCAAGAAGGACGGGGAGUCCGAUGACGACACUACGCAUCAUCUGGAAACUGCCAAAAAAGUCAACAACGGCGUAAACCAAGAGGACACUCAGCCAUCAAAAGUCAAGCGGAAGAGUAAGAGGGAGCUUCCCGGCCGGCCUCUGCCCGACGAAGCCGCUGGUUCGGAAGCGGAUGGCUUACCCAAGGAAGCGAGACGCAGGAGUAAGAAGGGAAAACGGAAAGAUGACACCAAGGGAGACGACGACAAGGAUGAUGACGAGCUGCUGCGGGAGUACCAGCAGCAGAUGGUGCCACAAGACGAAGAGACACUAGUACGUGAGGACGUAGGGAAGAAGAAAAAGAAGAAGCUGAAAUCUGCCACCACCGAAUCGGACGUUGGGUAUCAUGACCCGCACAGUGAUGUGGAAAAUGACUCCAAAGACAGGAAGAAGAAUAAGAAGAAAAAGUCAACACUGGAGGACGGGAGCAUCAGUGCGGUGCAGAAGAAGCCCGUCGUCUCCGAUGAAAACGACGGUCUGGUGCUGGGGGUGUACGUGCAUCGAACGGACGGCCUCAAGACGGACCUGCGCAUCUCGCAUCCAAUGGUGAAGGUCCACGUGGUGGAUGACGUCACGGGACAGUGCUUCAAGAAGCAAGACAGCCAUCGUCCCGUGUCGUCGUUUUACGAGCAAGACGGCGUGGACCACAUCCUGCCCAUCAUGACGCAGCCGUUUGACUUCAAGAAGAACAAGUCAGUCGUACCCGAGUGGAAGGAACAGAUCAUCUUCAACGAGCCCUUCGCACACUUUGUCGGGCGGGACCCCGAAAGCCCCCGAGUGGUCCUCUUCUUUGAGAUCUUGGACUUUCUAACUAUGGAGGAAGCCAAAGCCAACGUUGAUGUUGAGAAACAUGAACGAGGAUUCAGAAAGAUUGCAUGGGCCUUCCUGAAGCCAGUCGGCGCCAAUGGCGUACUGAACACCGGAAGCAAAAUCCGCCUACAGCUCUACUGCCCGCCCACUUGGGCCAAGAGGCAGCCUCACACCAUCGAGGUGGUGGAGUGGUGGCGGCAUUACUCGCGCGUCAAAUACGCAUCCACCCUCUACGUUACCGUGAAAGGCAUCAAGCUACCUCAGCACGUGGACCCGAGCAUGCGUUCCAUGAUGGCGCUGCAGGAGGAGCGAGGCAGCACCUCCUACAGCGAGCUGCAGGACGGCGCCACCAAGAGGACCUCCACGCCACAUGGGGAAGAGAAGUGUCCUCCGGCGUUGAAGUGGAGUAGACUUCCCGGCCAGGUGUGUCGGAUUCCCAACAAGCCCAUGCUGGCGUUCCGUGGAGGUCAAAUGGGUUGCUUGACGGUGCUCUUCUCUCACGCCGGGACGCUUCUCGCCGCCGCGUGUGCUGACAGAGAUUUGUUCCCUGUUGUAGUGUUUGAGAUUCCCUCUGGGAAACCUUUGGCUGCCUUCAGCGGCCAUCUUAAAAUUGUCUACGAACUGUGCUGGUCCGCUGACGACAGACGUCUUUUGUCCGUCUCCUCCGACGGAACCGUCAGGGAGUGGGAUGUGGAGCACUUCCUCCCAACCGCACGGAAGGUUCUGCCGCACCCGUCAUUCGUGUACUCUGCCCAGUACCACCCGGCGGCACAGCACCUGGUGGUCAGCGGCGGCUACGACUGCGUGGUCCGAACGUGGCGGCUGGAUGUUGAUGACAUCAACGGCCUGCUCAUGCGCGAGUUCGAGUCCCACGGCGGUUUCAUCAACACCAUUUGUUUUGACGCAGAAGGACACAGGAUGUUCUCGGCAGACAACACGGGAAGUGUCAUCAUGUGGAAGACCUCAGUAAGAGAUGGCGAGCAGCAGCCUUGGCGUCACUGGUGUGUGGAGAAGAUUCACACUGAAGCGGACCUCAAGGGGGUCCCCAUCAACAUGCUGCAGGUCCAUCCAAACGGGCGCUGCCUCCUCAUUCAUGCCAAAGACCACGUCCUCAGGACCUUGGAUCUGAGAAUUAUGACGAUGAAAAAGUACACGGGAGCCACCAACCGGCGAGAGAGGAUCUCCAGCACCUUCACGCCUUGCGGCAGCUUUAUCUUCUCCGGCAGCGAGGACGGAAUGGCGUACGUUUGGAACGCGGAAACCGGCGACCAGGUGGCCGUGUACUCGGAGCUUUGUUACAGCUCGGCCCUGUGCAGCGUUUCCUUCCACCCGCUCGAGAACAUGGUGGCCUUCUGCGCCUUCGGGGAGAGCCAGCCCGUGCACAUUUACCUGCACGACCGCAAAGUGUCCCAGUUGGACGGGCGCCGCACGAAGGAGCUUAGGUCUGCGUCGAACACGCCCGACCAGCUCCACAGCACGCCGGUCUCAGUCUCCAUGGACCAGUUGAGCCAGACCACCAGGCUGGCGUUGAAAAUGCAGCGAGUUAAAGCGCAAAUGGAUUCUGUCCUUGAACCACAUCGCAGGUCUUCAUCUUUUGAGCCAGGUAGGAGCCUGUUUUCUGACAUCAGCACGAUAAGAUCCAAUGCCUCCCUCCCUCCUCUCUUGGGCGGCUUCAGUCCAGUCGGGCCACAUCGAAAGGCCACGUCGUCGUUCACGCUUCAGACAUCACUUCCUAGUUACAAUCCUCCGGCAGACUCGUCUCAACAUGUGGUGGUGUCGCUGUACGACUACAAAGCCAACCGCUCGGACGAGCUGACGCUGCGGCGCGGCGACGCCAUCCGCGUGCUGUACAAGGACAACGACAACUGGUGGUUCGGAAGCCUGGCAGACGGGCAACAAGGCUACUUUCUCGUCGCUUACGUCGCCGAUCAGAGAGACUCCAGCGAGGAGGCGGCGGCGGCGGGCGUGGAGAGGAUUUCGACUGCAAUCACUCCUUCCGGGGAACUUCGCUUUCUCUCCGAACCCACCCUAUCCGACACAGAGCCAGAGUUGACGGAAGCCAGACUUAAAAAGAAACAGAAAGUGAAAAGCCUCCCCCCACCACCGCUACCCGCGUCUUCCCAGGCCACAUUUUCCGACCCGGAUGUCAGAACAGAGUCGGGCCGACCCGCUCGCCGUCCCCUCCCGAAGAGACCGACUGGGAGGCCAGGUGUUGCUGUGCGACUCCACCCAUGAUGGUCAAGUUUUUGUAAAGACGACAAUCACCUUUAUUGUAUUUAUUAUUUUUUUUUAUAUAAAAAUAUCUGAGAAUGUCUGACAUUUUGAUGUUAUUUAUUAUAGGGACUGAAUUUCUAUACAGUACAACCUCCAAAGUGGGACACAAUCCGUUGUAAUUUCACAAGUUCCCUGAUAGCAAAUAAUCUAAAGCAACUUGCUUUGAACUUUUAACAUGUAAAGAGACACGAACCCCUUCGUGUAAUUCAACUAACAUAACAUAUACACACAGGAAAUGGAACGCUCAAGUGAUUUUCACGCUAGCUGUUAGCAUCUGCUUGGUAAAAUGAAUAAUUUGUGUACGUAAUUGAUAAUGAAUGAGUUGUAUUGCACUGAGCAGCUAGAGAACGAAGUAAGUUCCCUUUCCUGACAAUUGGAUGUCCUAAAUUGAACCACUUGGAAGCUUGCACUGUACAUAUUACUUAUACAUUUCAGGGCCAAAGAAUUAUUGUGACAAAUGUAGUUUAUUUUCAUGCAAUAUAGAACUUUAUACCAA